AUGCCGUGCAUGCUGACCAUGGUACUGGUGGUGCUCGGGUUCACUCUUAGUCCAGAGACUUGUGAAAAAGUCGGUCUGCAGAUCUCCGUAUCUUUGGCUAUCUGCAUUUUCCUGACAAUAAUGAAUGAGAUGACUCCACACACUUCUGAAGCGGUGCCCUUGCUUGGUGUCUUUUUUCAAAGCUGCAUGGUGAUCUCGGUGCUAGCAACUUCCUUCACCGUGUUCGUGCAGAGCUACCAUUUUCGUAGCCACCACAACACGCUUCGUAUGGCAUUCUGGGUUAGUGGAGUUUCCAUGAUUCAGAGCGGUCUAACUGCAAAAAUAUCUUAUCGCGAGAACGUUGAGCUAUGGGAAAAACUCUUGACCUCGGAAGGGCCACCCGCUACGGUUCGAAUGCCCUAUCCUGCAUCAUGCUAG